AUGGGUUAUGGCCGGCUCGGAUCAUCGGGGUCCAUAGGGUCUCACGAAUCUCACCCAACCGAACUGGAGAAACCCACCACCUCAACCAAGAAAGGAAAUCGCAAGCUCAUUAUAAUCGGCGUCUUCGCUUUCGUUCUCGUCGUCGCUACAGUGGCUUCUGCAGGACUCGUCGUCGUACUCCGACCAAAAGCUUCCGGUGAACCAGCUCAUGCAAUUCGGGGAAAACCCACGCAGUCCAUCUCCAAAGCCUGCAGCAAGACUCGGUACCCGGAUCUCUGUGUCAACUCGCUUGUCGACUUCCCCGGAGCUCUCAAUGCCGGUCAGCGCGACCUCGUUCACAUCUCAGUCAACAUGACACUUCAACGUAUCGGAAAAGCACUCUAUGACGUUUCGGAUAUUGGAAACUUACAGAUGGACGUGUUGGUUCGGUCGGCGUACCAGGAUUGUCUUGAACUCCUUGAGGAAUCGGUGGAUCAGCUUUCACGGUCACUGAUGUCGGUGGCGCCGCCUGCUGAAGGAAACGGACGUGGAGGGCCCGUUGGUUCGACACAAGACGUGAUGACGUGGUUGAGCGCGGCACUCACCAAUCAGGACACUUGUACGGAAGGAUUCGAUGAUGUGAGUGGUGGGUACGUGAAGGAUCAGAUGUCGGCGAAGCUUAAGGAUUUGUCGGAGUUGGUAAGUAAUUGCUUGGCUAUCUUCGCUUACUCUAGUGACGGCGAGGACUUCUCCGGCGUUCCAAUUCAAAACCGGCGGAGAUUGAUGGAAACCGGUUUUCCGAUGAUGGAGGAGGAAAAUGAAAGUGGUGCUGGGUUUCCGGCAUGGCUGACGAAAAUGGAUAGAAGGCUUCUUCAGAUGCCCCCUGCAGCUAUGCGGGCUGACAUUGUGGUCUCUAAGGACGGAACCGGCAACUAUAAGACGAUCACCGAGGCUAUCCAAGCUGCUCCAGAGCAGAGCACUCGCCGUAUCAUUAUUUACCUGAAGGCUGGAAGGUACGAAGAAGACAACCUGAAGGUGGGGAGGAAGAAGACCAACUUGAUGUUCAUGGGAGACGGGAAAUGGAAAACCGUUAUAACGGGUGGAAAGAAUGUCUACCAGAAGUACACCACCUUCCACUCUGCCUCCUUCGCGGCGACGGGGAGUGGAUUUAUAGCAAGGGACAUGACUUUCGAGAACUACGCAGGGCCUGCAAAGCAUCAAGCGGUGGCUUUGCGAGUAGGGGCAGACCAUGCGGUGGUGUAUCGAUGCAGCAUCAUUGGGUAUCAAGACACGCUUUAUGUACACUCGCAGCGGCAGUUCUAUAGGGAAUGUGAAAUCUAUGGAACCGUGGAUUUCAUAUUUGGAAACGCUGCAGUGGUGUUGCAGAAUUGCAAUCUCUACGCACGCAAGCCCAUGGCCCAACAGAAGAACACUAUUACGGCCCAGAAUCGUAAGGACCCGAACCAGAACACCGGAAUUUCAAUACAUAACUGCCGGAUCCUCCCUACUCCGGAUCUUGAACUCGUUAAAUCAGCCUACCCGACGUAUCUGGGUAGUCCUUGGAAACAGUAUUCGAGGACGGUGUAUAUGCUUUCGUACAUGGGGGAUCACAUCCACCCUAUGGGUUGGCUGGAGUGGAAUGGCAACUUUGCCCUUGACACCCUUUACUACGGGGAGUACAUGAAUUACGGUCCAGGUGGAGCUGUGGGGCAACGGGUUAAGUGGAGCGGUUACCGGGUCAUCACCUCUGUUGUAGAGGCUAGUAAAUUCACGGUCGGUCAAUUCAUCUAUGGAUCGUCAUGGUUGCCGGCGACUGGGGUGGCCUUUGUCGCUGGACUAUCGGUUUGACCCCUUUUUUCUCUUUUUUCUAUUUUUAAUUUUU